AUGGAUGAGAAUGGGAAGUUGACAGGGAUCAGGCAAAUCGUUAGGCUCAAAGGGUUCCUUCAAAAAUGGCAAAGAGUGACACUGAGCAACAAGGCCAACGGCAAUGGAUGCGCUUCGGAUGACGAAACAGGGCAGAGUCCUAAGACGCCGACGGAUGUCCCCCGAGGGUACCUCGCAGUGUACGUCGGCCAGGAGCUUCGAAGGUUCAUUAUCCCGACAAGCUACCUCGGCGAUCCACUAUUCAAGGUGCUGCUGGAGAAGGUCGAGGAGGAGUUUGGAUUUCAUCACGGUGGAGGGCUGACGAUCCCUUGCGAAAUCGAGACCUUCAAGUUUCUCCUGAAAUGUAUGGAGACUCAUCAUCACAGAGGAGGAGGAGGAGAAGAUGAUUGAUUAUACUAUGAUCAUGAUGAUAACAAUUAAUUCGAUCUUGCUUCAUUAAUCUCUUAAGUGUAAGACUUAGUCUCAAUUGAUUUUUCCAUCUGAUCUUUUCCAAUUGUUUUGAAGAUUGA